AUGGAUAAGUCUUGGAUGGGAGCGUACAGAACAUCAGAAACCUAUGUAAAAGGUGUUGCAGAAUUUAUCAAAUAUGCAGUGCACAAUUACAAGAUUUCUAAACAUAAUGAUCCUGCAGAUACCAAAAAAAAGAUAAGAAUUCCAUGUCCAUUUGUUAACUGUGUAAACCACAUAUGUCAUUCGGUGGAUGUGGUAGAUGAUCAUCUAUUCAGGAAUGGAAUUGAUCAAACAUACACAAAUUGGAAUAAGCAUGGAGAAACAGAAGAACCACCAAGAAUUUAUGUAUAUGAACAUAAUUUUGACAUGGAUACGUCAAACGUUGUAGAUUCCACAAACAUGAACACAGAAAUGCCAACAGAUGCUGCAGAACCUGUAAAGAUGGUUGAAGUUGUAGAAGAAAAUUUUAUUGGGAACCCUGAUAAGUUUAGAGAACUGAUAGAGGAUACCGAGAAGCCCCUAUACACAGGGUGUCAUAAUUUCACAAAGUUAUCUGCAAUCAUUCAACUACUCAACUUGAAGAAAGGAAACGAAAUGUACAGUAGUACAUAUGAGGCGAAAAAAGCAUUUAAGGCAAUGGGUUCAGGGUAUACUAAGAUACAUGCAUGUGUCAACAAUUGUAUACUUUACAGAAAAGAAUACACAGACUUGGCAGCAUGUCCUACUUAUGGUAAAUCAAGAUGGAAGGUUGAUGAACAAAAAAAUAAAAUUUACAACAAUAUUCCCGCAAAAUGUUUGUGGUACUUUCCAAUUAUUCCGCGUUUCAAGCGUCUUUUCCAGUCUAAGACAACUGUAAAAGAUUUAACAUGGCACGCAACAGAAAUAAUGGUGGAUGUUGGAGUUUUAAGUAACCCAGCUGAUUCACCAGCAUGGGCUGCCAUUGAUGACAAAUAUCCUGAUUUUGCUGGCGAACCAAGGAAUUUACGACUAGGCAUUUCGGCGGACGGGGUUGAUGUGAACAGAGGAAAUAGGAGUCAUAGUGUUUGGCCUGUUUUAACUGUCAUUUACAACCUUCCACCAUGGUUGUGUAUGAAGAGAAAGUUCAUCAUGCUUUCGUUAUUGAUUUCGGGAACACUAGGAAACGAUAUUGAUGUGUUCCUAGCACCUUUUAUUGAUGAUAUGCAAUUAUUAUUUGAUUUUGGAGUUGAAACAUACGAUGCAUAUGCAUAA